UUCCCGCAGGAAGCCAAACUGUCACACACGGCCGAUAGCAUCGGACGGUAGCCACUCGGCCCCGCUAGUAUUUUUCAAGAAUUUUUUUGGCAGCGGUGCACAACUUUCCAUUUUUUUUUUCCUUCUACAUUAGAAAUCGUGUUUCGUUCUCCUGACCUUUCGCGAAAUUGUCGCAGUGCACUUGGAUGCAGUUACCUUGGCUUACUGCUGCGAUGGGUAUCACCAGGAAUUAAGUGCGUGUGCUAGAUUUCUCCCGCUUGCUUUGCCAGCAGCAACGAGGAAGAAAAGUGGAGAAAAUUGAAACAUGGCCAACCAAGUCAAGUGCAAAGCCAAGGUUCGACGAAAGUAGGCGGAUAUCGUGCCCAUUGGAAUCAGCUGAUUUUGUUGUAGAGUAGAUUUUCCUCUCCAGAAAAUAGUUGAAUCACUAUUUUAGAAAAUGAUAUUCCUGUAAUAGUCCUGGUACUGACACCGUUGGAUCCCAAAAUCAUCGAUUGACGACGGUGAUUAUCCAAUCCCUGAGGUGAAGAAAAAGGUGCUUUCGAUCGGAUUGUGGCCCAGGUAGAAAAUCAAUUUUUCAUGGUAAUUUUUUGCCCCAUUCUGCGGUUGGAUAGCUAGAGCCAAGGAAAUGUUGUGCACCGUGUUGGGAAUCGUGCUGGGUGUGUUGGUGGCACUUUAUGCCCUGUUUGAGUUGCAUUAUUUCCUGAGGAUGUGCCUUUGCGUGGUGGCGGCCCGGUAUAUCAAGAAGCGGAUGCAUAUUCUGGAAACGGCCACUGUCACUGGUCUCUGUCUCACCAAUGAUAUCGACACCCUGCUCUACCACAUGAACAAUGCCCGCUACCUUCGGGAGGUGGACUUUGCCCGGGUGGAUUUCUACGAGCGUACGCUCCUCUACCGGACCAUCCGCAGCAAGGGAGGCUCCGUGGUCCAAGGGGCAACGACCAUCCGCUAUCGGAGAUUCAUUCGUCCCUUCACCCGGUUCAAAAUCAGUUCCAGGAUUGUUUACUGGGACAAUCAAUCAAUUUUUAUGGAACAUCGGUUCAUCGGAGCGGGGGAUGGGUUUAUCCACUGUAUAGCACUGUGUCGCCAGCGAGUCAUCGAAUGUUCGGCGGAGGAUGUCAUGGCGACGCUGCUGAAGGGCAGUGCUACUGCGACCAGCUCGACGGAGUGCUUGGAUCGUUUGGAGAACGGCGGUGGGGCGGUCAUAGUAGGCAACGGAGGCAGUGAGUACGUCAGCAGUAGCAAGCUGAAACCGGAAAUGCCACAGGAGGUUGCCAAGUGGCUGGAAUGGAACGAGAUUUCCAGCGCCAAUUUACGGAAUGAGUGCUGAUUUUUGGGCCGAGGUGGCUAUUGUUAGACGGUGCAAUUAUCCUUUAAGGUGAUUGUCGAUCGGUUUUAUGUUGAUAUUUCUAGAAAUAACUAUUUUAUUUAUUUAGGAAUUGUGGAUGUUUAUAAUGUCCUAACGCUUUCCUUAGGAAGGCAACGCGCUUAGAUUGAAUAUGAUGGAUUCUAAAAUCAUUCCUAUUGUUAACUUCUGUUGGAAUAAAUCCUUCAAAUUUUAACUCUUAAA